AUGGGCGAGUGUCUGUUAGGCAAGAAGGGAUGUUACAAAUGUGGUAAGGAAGGGCAUUCGUCUUAUCAGUGCCCAAAUAACUCGAAGACUUGCUUCCAUUGUUUUGAAAAAGGGCACAUUAAAUCGGAAUGCCCGAAACUUCAACAAGAGUCAAAGAAAGAAGAUAAGAAGCAAGAGGGUUCUAGGGCGAAAGGGAGGAUGUUUCAAAUCACAUCUGAAGAAGCCAAAUCUCAACCGAAUGUGGUCUCAGGUAUCUUUCUAAUAAACUCCAUACCGGUUUAUGUUUUGUUUGAUACCGGAGCCACUAUGUCGUUUAUUUCUAGUGAGAUCGUACAACAUCCUUCCUUUAAGAUUGAACGAAUGUCGAUGCCCUUAGAAGUAGAAAUAGCAGAUAGCAAAAAUUAUUUGUUGCACGAAAUAUGUAAGAAAUGUAAAUUAACCAUUGAAGAUGAGGAGUUUGAUAUUGAUCUUAUACCUAUGAUUUUGGGGGAGUUUAAAGUAAUAGUGGGUAUGGAUUGGAUGUCUAAAAACCACGCGGAGAUAAAUUGUGAAACCAAAACUAUACUUCUCCAAUCUCCAAGUGGGAGGCGAUUAAACAUACAAGGCGAAAGAAAGGUGGAAGCGAAGUUAUGUACUCUCGUUCAAGCCAUUAAGUAUGUACUUAAUGGGAGUAGAGCAUACUUGGCUUACGUGGUAGAUACUCAACAAGGCUCCCUGAAGUUUGAAAACGUCGAAAUUGUGAACGAAUUUCCAGAUGUAUUUCCGGAAGAAUUGCCGGGACUCCCUCCCGAGCGAGAAGUAGAAUUUCGUAUCGAAUUGAAUCCGGAGGCGAAACCGGUGGCGAAGGCUCCCUAUAGGUUGGCUCCCACUGAGAUGCGGGAAUUAAUGACACAAUUACAAGAUCUUCUAGAUAAGGGCUUCAUACGCCCAAACGAUAUUCUAGUUUAUUCGCGAAGCAAAGACGAACAUGCAAUGCACUUGCGUGAAGUACUUGAAGUUCUCCGUAAGGAGAAACUCUACGCAAAAUUUUCAAAAUGCGCCUUUUGGCUCAGAGAAGUGCAGUUUCUGGGGCAUGUGAUCAACUUGGAGGGUGUCUUAGUUGAUCCUUCAAAGAUUGAUGCUGUAAUGAAGUGGGUUUCUCCGAAGAACCCGACAGAGAUAAGAAGUUUUCUGGGCCUUGUGGGGGUACUAUAG